AUGAUGGCGUACCUGAGGACUGCCCGCUCUGGGCUCGCUUCUGGCGCGCGCCUCCCUGCGUGCAAACGUCUGGCGAGUGUAGCCACGGUUGCCGCACUUUUGCUUGCGGCAUGCGUCCGUCUCGCCCCCCGCGAAUCAUCGUGGGCUCCGCAGGUCUACGGCGCCUCUGCCGCGUACUUUUACGUUCAGGAGUCUCAGGAUAAAUGCUUCGUGGAAAGUGUUCCCGUUGGUGUGGCCCUGACCGUCACCUACAAAAACCCUGAAAAUCCUGGCGUCACCUGCAGCAUUAUCUUCAAGGACCCGAACGGCCGCUCAGUCUUCAGCCGCGAAGUCCUCCCGACCGACGCCUAUGGCAAGAUUUCGCACAUGACGGCCUCGGUGGGCGAGUACAAAGUCUGCAUUUCCUGCGCGUCCUCCAAGUGGUUUUCCACGCAGCUCCUGAAGUGGUCCGUCUCCAUCGAACUCGGCGACACCGACAUCAACAUCGACGAUCUCGCGAAGAAGGAUCAAGUCGACUCGCUGCAACUCAAGCUGCAUGCCAUUGCGAAGCGUCUCGAGGCCAUGCAGGCUGAGAACGAGUACGAGCGCCUGCAGGAGGAGCGGUUCCAGAGGACGAACGAGUCGAUCAACAGCCGCGUUGUGUGGUUCUCCGUUCUUCAGUUGCUUCUUCUCUGCGGCACGACGCUCAUCUCUGUCUUUUACUUGAUUCGCUACUUCCACUCUCAGAAGAUUAUCUAA